GAUCAAUACACAGAGGAAGUAGCAACGCGACUCCAAAACUUUGAGUAAACUUUUGUAUUUAUUAUAACUAAUUGAAGUGACUCGAGGCUGGUUUUAUAACGACGUAAAAAUGGCAUUAUACGACAACCAGCAUUGGCUUUUAUCGCACAUACGAGACAGCUUUAUAUUCACGGAUGACACGAGUGCCUGUGAGAUGGUAAUGCUUGGAGAAGAUUUACCAAAACAACUUAAAGCCAACGGGGUCCUUGACUGCUAUCCAGGAAUGGAAGAUAGUGACGACGAAGAUAUCUAUGCGAUGGCUGAAUCUUACGAUAUACAAAUGGAUAUGGAAUUUGGGCACAGACAACGCUCAAACACAGCACAGCGUUUAGAAAAAAUGGAUCUUGAACGAAAACAAGCUGCAGAAAUAAAGCAUGUAAAGUGGGAAAAUAAACCGAGUACUAUGUCAGUUGAAAUCCAAUCCGAAUUAUUCCAGAGAAAAGAUUUUCGAAAAAAGAAAGAAACCAAGGCUGAUAAACGCCACUCGCUAUUAGCGGAACAAUUGGAAAAAUGCCCGAAUCUUCCACAAAAUCCUUUCACUGACUACGCUAAAUUUGAUGGCAGUGAACAUAUUGGUACACCAGCUAAGAAGUACAGAAUAUUUAUGUCUAUGUUGCCCGAAGAACAGCGUAUGUAUCCCAUGCAAAUUGUGGUUGUUGCUACAGCCAAAGUACAGGAGUUUAUUGGAUUAAUAUGUUACAAAUAUGCUGCUGAACAUCCUGAUAAUCCUCUCAAGGCAGAUAUUACUAAAUAUGGGCUGUACAUCACGGAAGAUGACGGGGAAGUAGAUUGGGAUUUACCUUGUUUAGAUCCAAGAGAAACAAUUGCCAAAUUUGGAUUCACGUGCCUAGGGCUGAAAGAAAUGACACCCAAUGACAGAGCACGUCAUAAUACAGUUGUUCCCAAGACUGUGAGGUAUGAAGAAAAUCCGAAGGGAAAAGAUAUAGAACAGAAAUCUGUUGCUGAAGAUAUGGCAAUGAUGGACGAUCAUACAACUGCUAUGGAAGCUCCUUUGUAUCAGCUAUACAGGGUGCAUAUAAUAAAUAAGGUGAGAGCAAAGGCUGAAAUUCAUUUAGGAAUAUCUGGAGAGAAAAUUGAAAUUGACCCAGUAAUAACUGGCAAGGGAGCUGCACGCUUUUGGAACCGGCAACGUGCCGUAAGUUACCACAUAGACAACAUCGCUUGGUGCGAAUUAGUCGAACAUAAAGGGCCAAAAACGACAUUCACGCUUGUUUACACAUCACAUGCUAAUCAUUUGGAAUUCCAUACGGGGUCAUCCGGGCAAACCCCUUCUCUGCAUCAAUCAACGUCAUUUAAAAAUCAUGAUUUUGAAGCAGACUCAGCUACAGCAGAGGAAAUAGUCCGUAAAAUUAAUCACAUCCUGGAAAUACGGAGCGGUACAUCAAGAAAAGAAUACCUGGCCCAACGAGAAAGGAAAGCUACCCGGCGAAAAAAUUUCCACUUGCACAGAUGACAACUCUGUCAAUUAUUGUGGUUUAUUUUUGAAUACCUAAAAAAUUGACUCGCAUAGGGUGCAACGUUGCCAUGAUAGAAAUGAGAAUAGUGCACGUCAUUGAUAAAGAGUGCAAUAAAUGCCACUUCAAUAGAAGAUAUUUCUGAAUAUUGGCAGAAAAACUCUCUUGCUAAUACAAUCCAUGUACGACUCUGAAUUACCAUUUGGUAGAGGUUGUGAAUGAAUUCUAUGUGUAUAAUGCAAUAUACCCGAUAAGUUAUUAGUACUAUGUAAAAGCAUUAUUGUAAAGUUGAUUUGCGAAGUAAUCCAUACUAUAAAAGUAUCAAUAUAUCAGAUAUAAUCUGAGAUAGCUGUAAAUAUGGAACACAAUUUUUAAUGCAUGUACUUUGCAUUUUAUUGUAACACCUGUGAUAUAUUACGACUAGAAAUUAAUUCAUCAUUUCAGAUUCCACGAAUUAGUACUUGAAAUAAUGAAAGUUGUACCGAAUAUGCUGAUUACCUUUGGUAAG